AUGCAAAAUACCAAGCCCUACCAAUGUCAGCGAUGCUCCAGGGCAUUCGCCCGACUAGAACAUCUCCAAAGACAUGAUCGCUCACAUACCAAGGAGAAACCAUUCGUCUGCCUCCGAUGUCCUAAAGCCUUUACACGCAAGGAUCUGCUGGCCCGUCAUGAGCGUCUCUCUCACCCCGAAUCCAGCCCAGUCAGCAAUCAAACCCCUACGCCCUCCCCCACGAAUCCUAUGGACCGGUUGGACACCUUGGCCUCUGUAGUGACAACCCAUGACCCCAAUCGCGCCUCUUUACACGACAAUGCAAACUACCCAGCAAUAUCACCGGGCGUGCACCGUCCAAUGCUGGCUCAGUUGCCCGGCACAGACACUCCUUCGGCCGGCCCCACCACCCCGACUCCAGGUCCCGAUUUGGGGUAUACCCUAGGCGGCUUUAUGCCAGGCCUGGAUCAUGGGCAUGACUUUACUUCGUUCUUGGAUAGCGUUCCUUUACCAAAUCACCCAUUCUCCCCGGCUUAUCAGCCACUCCCUUUGUUCCCGCCUUUGCAAUUCUCACCUGUGCCCGAGUAUGAUCAAGCUUCGGUCAAAGGAGCCCAGACUGAAAAUACUCCUUCGACACCUUCGAGCUCUGUACUGCCCCGUCAUGGCGCUCAGCUGCCCUCGCUCCAGCCGGAGGGGUACCACUCUACCCCCAAGGCGCUCCAGCCGACGGGCUUUGUCCCGGUGACGGCUCAAUGUAGAGAGAAGCUUCUGAAUAUGCUAUCUGACUACGCCAAUGUGGUCCCGGAUAUGACACUGCCGUCUCGACAUGCGUUGUCCCGAUGUCUAACAGGAUAUGUAACAGGGUUUCAUGAUCACUAUCCGAUUGUGCAUAUCCCGACGCUCGAUACUGAUACCAUGACACUACCGCUGUUUCUAUCCAUGGCAGCACUGGGAGCAAGGUACUGCCGCGAACCAGACACUAGCAUGCGGCUCUACCAAUUAGCCAAACCGGUGACAUUGGAACAUGUCCGUCGGGUCUUCCAGUCAGGCCAGCUGCCCGAGGUCAAUGUGGCCGAUGAUAUCGAUACCCUAGAAACACUGCAAUCCCUGAUACACCUGACCUCGGUAUCUAUGUGGUUUAUCAACAACCCCCCAUACCACGAGUCCCUCUCACUGCGAAGUCUAAUGGAAAUGCUCAUCCGCCAGGGAGGACUCAACCGCCUCCCCGAGAACGACGGAACAUGGAACAGCUGGAUACGACGCGAAUGCGUAAAACGCACCAAACUCAUCGUCUUCUGUUUCUUCAACAUCCACACCAUCGUCUUCGACCUCCCCCCAGUAGUUCUAACCGAAGACUUCACCCUCGAACUCCCCAGCACCGAGAAAGAAUGGCAAGCCACCCGCCCCGACCUCUGGCAAGCCGAGCGCAUCAAAAGCCCCGGCGAACCCAAAUUCCAAAACGCGCUCUCCGCCCUCUUCGAGCCAACCAGCACCGUCGAACGCUUCUCCUCAAUGGGCGGCUACGUCCUCAUCCACGCCAUCCUCCAAGAUAUCUGGCUAAUGACCAAAGCGGGCCGUCUCCCCGUCUCACGCCGCAACCGCCUCACCCCUUCCCCAAUAACAUCCACUCCCGAACUAAUCCAGGUCGAACAGGCCCUGGAACGCUGGUGCCAGUGCUGGGAACACAACCAAGAAUCCUCCAUCGACCCCCUCAGCCCCAACGGCCCGCUCUCCUUCACAUCCGCCGCCCUCCUCCGUCUAGCCUACAUCCGUCUCAACGCAGACUGCGGCUCCGCCCGCCAACUCCACACCUGGGACCCGAUCCAAAUCGCAACAAGUCUGCACGAAAACCUCUCCGUCCGUCGCGGCGACCGGCUCACGCGCGCUGCGCUGCAUUGUGCUCACGCGCUCAGCACACCGGUUAAGCUUGGCAUUAGCUUUGUGGCGCACUCGCAGGUCGCGCUGUGGUCGAAUCAGCAUGCGCUGUGUUCGUUGGAGUGUGCGGUGCUGCUGGCUAAGUGGUUGGAAGCGGUGACGGUGAAGCAGCCGGAGCCGGGACUGUCGGAGCAGGAGGUUAGACUAAGGGACUUUGUGCUGGAGAUGGUUAUGGAGGUUCAGCAUGGGGUUUCGAGGGAGUGGUUGCUGGAUACCAAUACGAGGCUUACCUUACAGCCUGAUCUAAAUACCCCACAUUUACCCCAUGUCUGGGUCUCAAGGCUAACAUCCAUCCAAACCCCAUUCCCUCCCCUCUCUCCCUUCACCCUCAACAUCCCUACAAUCACCCAUCUCUACCCAAACAACAACCAACUAGAAAAGAACCACCAAUAUGCCCGAAAAUACCUUCCACCCCCUCCCCUCCAAGACCCAGGCACCUUCAACCCAACCUUCCCAAACCCACCCCUUUCCCCAUCCACAUCCAACUACAAACUAAACCACCUAGCCUUCCGAAUAAAAUCCCCCUCCCGCUCCCUCCACUUCUACAUAAACCUGCUCGGCAUGCGCGUAAUCUUCACCAUGAACGCCGGCCCCUUCACAAUCUACUACCUCGGCCACCCACCACCGGAAGCCUCUACCGCUGAGGCCGUAUCCGCCUGGGCUGCACGCACAAGCGAAAUACCCACCAUGACGCGCACGAGCGGAUUACUCGAAUUGUACCACGUGCAUGGAUCGGAAGAUACAGAGGAUACUGUGUGUAACGGGAAUGUGCCGCCGAAUCUGGGGUUUGCGCAUUUGGGGUUUACGGUUCCCGAUGUAAAGGAUGCGCUGAGGAGAUUGAGGGAGGAGGGGGUGGUGGUUGUUAAGGAUUUGGGGGUUUGUGGGAGGGGGGGUGUGCCGCUUUCGGAUUGGGAGGAGGGGAGGGGGGUUGGGGUUGGGGAGAUUCAUUCAGGUUAUGCUUGGUUUUUUGAGAAGUUUGCUAUGGUUGCUGAUCCGGAUGGGUAUUUGGUUGAGUUGAUUCCUCAGAAUAUCUGA